CCAACGGUGGCUGUAUGAAGCUAUUAGGAAAAGAUAUGGCGUUCGUAUAUCCGAAUACGAUUCAAGUUUGCACGAUAAUUUCGACGAAAAUAUCAUCUGUUAGUGGUCGUGUGGUGCGCGAAGCUAUGUGAAUCGAUGACAAAUUUAAUUUGUCGUUGGCGUUGAGGCGUGUUUCGCCGGUUUUAUGUCGAAAUAACUGGGAAAAAGAUGGCACAGGUUGAUGCUGCCGAAAAGGAGGCCAGCGAAGUGCUUCACUCGCUCCUUUCGGUGGAACGAAUAGAGAAACAGGAGGCGAUUGUGGACACGACCGAAAAUCAGUCGCCCACCAACUCGUUCCAUUCGAAUCCGGCCAACGCCGAGGUUCAGGAGAGCGAAGCUCAAAUAGCAUGGCACGGGCCAGUGUCGAUUGCGCAUUCCUUGUUUUCCAGCAUGGAUGCGAACGGACACUUCCCCCAGACCAUCGAUGAUCAGCAGGUACAGGUGAUCUGGGAAGGUCAUCCGAUAGUGGACGAUGAAGACCACAACAUGGAGUCGAUUUACACGGACUCCGUGGAGGUCGAGGAGACGGAACGGGAGUCUCCGAAGCCGCAAGUGAACGGGAAAACGAAAGCGACACCCAAGGCGGGCAAAAAGAAGACGCCCACGAAGAAAAAGAAGAAAUCUGACGUGGAGGCAACGACGAGUAACGAGCCUUCCAAACUUGAGGAAAGCGCCAGCCAGGUCAAAGAGCGAUUUAAGCGUGGAUGUGAAUGUCAGGACGAGAGCUGCUUCAAGGGCUUGAAUCCGGAGAGUGUGUAUAAACAUAGACUGAACAUAGCUGAGCUGACUAAAGGGGAACACGACAUGUACUUGAUGGGGGUUACUAUGGCUUGUCUGGCGAACCCUGACACCACCGUUAGGCACAAGGAACGUAGAAGACUGAGGGCACAAUACGUGUACCAGGGGAGGCGGGUGUGUCUUGACGCCUUUUUGUAUCUGGAGAAUUGCACCCACUAUCAACUGAAGAGGAUCAGGAAGCACGUUAUGACUCAUGGUGUGGCCCCUAGAGUGCACGGCAACCAUGGGAAGAAGCCCCACAACACCUUUUCUUUGGAUAUCUAUAGACACGCCACGGAAUUUUUGAAGCAAUACUUAGAGCAACACACAGGUGAACGAGACAUCGUUAACACCAAGUCCCCCAUACAAUUACCUUGGGAUGUGACGAGGAAAAACCUACAUGAUGCUUACAAAGAGUAUGGGCAGAUACUAGAGCCGGGCUUAAAACUCAUGGGCUACUCAACCUUUAGGCAUUUCAUGAAGGAGCAAUUUCCUCAUGUCAAAUUCUCAAAGAUUGAGCCCAAAAACGUGUUGUCCAACAACCACAAUCAGCAGCAACAACAACAGAACCAACAGCAGCAGCAGCAACAACAGCAACAACAGACUCAGCAGGUCCAACAAGCCCCCCAGCAAAUCCAACACCAAGCCCAGCCAAUUCAAACGCAAGACAGAAGGGAACAGCAAGUACAAAAGUGUAUCGUCAAUGACGUACAGCAAGUUAUUCCCCUUGUUGUGGCGCCACCAAGCGACAACACCAACCAACACCACCAGCAAACCUUCUUGGUAACUCCAGUGACUCAACUACUGCAAAACGGAAACAUAGUGACGCCGCAGAACACGAAUAAUCACAACUCGACCAAUUUUUCAUACCAGUUGGCGAACACAGGGUACGUUAUAAACGAACAGGGGAAUAUUGUAACGACGAUGGCCAAUGCUCAACAUCACGCCCCGUACACAUUCAGCCGAAUUUAAGGGUUUUCUGUUAUUUUUGUAAAUGGAAAAAGAUUAUUAUUAAUUUUUUAUUGUACAUAUUUUAUAUAUCAUAGUAUUAAUUUUUAAUUUAUAUUGUAAAAACGUUAUUUGUGGAUUGAUACGAAUCAAAUUGAGGAUUAUGUUCGCGAAAUGGAACACUUAGGAUUAAUUGAUUGCCAAAAGCUUUAAUUUUUUACAUUACGAAAUAACUUAAAAGGUUAAUUUCUUUAAAUUUGUGCCAUAAAGCGUACUAAAGUACUAACCUGCAUCCAACCUCCACAGAUAAUUGACAACAGUUUUGCAGCUUUAAUUCACCUCCUUUCAAUUAUGUGUUGACAUCCAGGAGUGUACGUCAAAAAUAUAUCCUGAGACAAUUAAAUAACUAACAGACGCACAAAAUUGUAAGGAUGUAUCUGAGAUUAACUGGAAACUAAGAUAUUGUAUUUUUCUCAAAUCCCAUUAUUAUUUUGAUCUCAAUUGUAUAAAAUGACGCGGAUAAAUUUUUUUGAAAAUGGAAUUUGUAAAUAAGUCUCAUAGUUUAUUAUAUUAUUUAUAUUUAUUUAUAUAUAAUUUCAUUUUAUAUACAUACAGAAAAAAAUGUCUUAGCCCCUAAGAAUUUAUAGGUACUACUUUUUUAAUAAAGUUACUUUUAAAAUA